AUGGCUCGCCACACCGAGGUUGGCACAGGCUCCAAUGAGUCUGUGUCCCUUCCUGGAGGCAAAGAAGCCACCCAACACAUUGAGCUAGUCCAGACAAGAGACUCUGAGCACGGCAAUGCUGGUUACCUUGACAAAGAUGGCCUCCGUGUCGACAAUGAUGAGCAGGAUCAUUACACUGAACCUCCCAUGUCCUUCAACCGUAUGAUGAGUCUUAUUGCCAUGGCGUUCCUCUGGACUGGCUCUCAGAUUCCCGUCUAUCUAUUUGGAGGAAUCCCUCCUUAUAUUUACGCAGACAUUGGUGGUGCUGAUCGUUGGAUCUGGCUCGUCCUGGCGAACCUCUUGUCCCUAGCAGCAGUCUGUCCUUUUGUUGGCUCACUCAGCGACAUCUUUGGUCGAAGAUACGUCGCUCUCGUUGGAGCAGCUGCUAUCGUCAUUGGCAUGAUCAUCUGCUCUACUGCUCACAGCAUGAAUGUCUUCAUCGGCGGCAUGGUCUUCGCAGGAAUUGGCGCUGGUAUCAACGAGCUUACCGCUCUGGCUGCCACAAGUGAACUUGCUCCUACCGCAAAGAGGGGAAAGUAUGUGGCGAUACUAAUCUUCACCAUCCUACCAUUCUGCCCCAGUGUCCUUUGGGGACAACUGAUAGCUGCCCAUUCCUCGUGGCGAUGGGUUGGCGCACUCUGCGCCAUCUGGGCAUUCAUUGGCCUCGUUCUGACAGCCGUUUUUUACUUCCCGCCUCCUAGAGUCAACUCCCAAGGACUCUCGAAAGCAGAAAUCCUCAAGCAAAUCGACUUUGUCGGCGGUCUCCUUAGCAUUAGCGGUAUGAUUCUAUUCAUGGCUGGCAUGCAAUGGGGUGGUUACCAAUACUCGUGGGGCAGUGCUCACGUGCUGGCACCGCUCAUUCUCGGAGCUGUACUUCUUGUCGCCUUUGGCUUCUGGGAGGCCUAUGGAGCCAAGUACCCGAUGUUCCCGAAGCGACUCCGCCAAGAGCCUCGAAUCUUGUCUCUGACUCUACUCAUCACAUUCAUCAGUGGUGCCAAUUUCUUUAGUAUCCUGAUGUUUUGGCCCACGAUGGCAUUUAACAUAUAUGGCCACGAUCCUGUUGGUGUAGGUAUUCGUGGACUUCCUGUUGGUUUCUCCAUCCUGGCAGGAGCUUGUAUCGUCCUUUGGCUUCUUUCGGUUUUCCGUGGCCACAACAAGGCGUUGAUGAUCGUCUCCUCGGUUCUCAUGACAGCCGGCUGUGGAGCACUCUCGAUCGCUCGUGUUGACAACCUCGGCCAGCUCUGGGGAGUUCUCGUGGUCGCCGGCCUCGGUAUUGGUGGCAUUGUCGUUCCCGCCUCGAUCAUCACCACGAUUAUUUGCCCUGACGAUCUAAUCGCAACAGUAGCAGCACUGACUCUGGCCAUUCGCGUGAUCGGCGGAUCGAUUGGUUACACCGUAUAUUACAAUGUUUUUAUUAACAAGUUCGUCCCCUCCGCGACUAAGUACAUCGGAGGAACGAUGGUAUACAAGCUGAACAUCACAAGUCCGGCUGUGAUUAAGGCGGCCAUUGAGCUCACAGGGGCAAGCUUGCUAACGGAACUGGAAACACUCCCGGGUAUCAAAGGGGUGCCCGGAGCCUAUGAAAUGGUUGUAUUUGCAGGGCAAAUGGCUUACGCGGAAGCAUACAAGUACGUCUACUACGUGUCGAUUGCGUUCGGAGCCGUAUCCAUCAUCGCAGCCUGCUUCUUGGGAGAUAUCAACAAGUACAUGGACGACCACGUCGCUGUUGUUAUGCACUAG